GGCUGGUCAAGUGGAGUUCGCGACUGCGACGCCCACAGAUCUAUCUAGACAGACAUCAACUGAGAACAGCGCCAGGGAUCAUGGUGGAUGCUAUGGAAGUCGACGCGGCCUCUUCCUCGACGCGCCAGCCUGCAGAGUCCAUCGAAGGCUGGGUCGUAGCACUCACCAAUGUCCAUGAAGAAGCUGCCGAGGAAGACCUACAAGAUCUUCUUGCUGACUUUGGUCCCGUGCGCAACCUGCAACUCAACUUGGAUAGACGGACAGGCUACGUCAAGGGCUAUGCACUGUGUGAGUAUGCGAAACGGCAAGAGGCAGAGGCGUGUAUCGAACAAGCAAAGAGGCAAGAACUCAAAUUGUUGGGACAAACGCUGCAAGCUGACUUUGCCUUUGUGCAGCCGCCUGUAGAGGUCAGAGAGAAAGAGACGGAGGGACGGCCAAAGUCGUCACGCAGGGAAAGGAGUCGCGAACGUAGUCAGAGUCCAGGCAGGCGUGGAUGAGAAGCGAUCAGCAUGACUUGAUUCGUCAACAUCUACGGCAUGGUAUAUGAAGUCAACUUGACGCCAAGCGGUCUUGAAUCGCAGACUCACUGCAAUGCAAUGCAUUCAAUCUCAACAGACACGUUCUUUGGCAAUGUCUUGACAGCGACACACGAUCGUGCAGGCUUUGGGUCUGGCAGCAUGGCGCUGUACACUUCAUUCAUCUUUGCAAAGUCAUCCA